AUGGAGAGACAUCAAAGGGUUUUGACUCUGGAUUCCCACGGAAAUCUUCACCAUCUCUAUCAAAAUCAAAACCUUGGAGGAGAUGGUGAGGAGGAGGAAGAAGAAGAAGAAGAAGAAGAAAGGGAUCAGAACCUCUCUCUAAAAACCCACCUCGACCUCGAGCCCCCAACGGCGUCGUUUCAAGACCUCUUCCAUCCGAACCACCUCCUUUACGCACGGAGGAUCGACCCCACUCACCAUCCGCCGCCGCCGCCGGAGCAGCUGCUUCCACCUCCGCCGCCCAAGAAGCGGGUAUACUUCCCCCCUUCGACCUCGUACCUUGGGGCUGUUUCCGAGUACGCAAGAAGAAUGGACGAGGGUGAGGGCGACGGCCGUGACAACCCCUCACCGCCGCCGUCGCUGUCGAGGCCCGGCGGGUCAAGGGGCGGCGCCGCAGUGGUGGGAGAGAUCGUUGAGGUGCAGGGGGGCCACAUCGUGAGGUCCACAGGCCGGAAGGACCGCCACAGCAAGGUCUGCACGGCCAAGGGCCCCCGGGACCGCCGCGUCCGACUGGCGGCGCACACCGCCAUACAGUUCUACGACGUCCAGGACCGUCUCGGCUACGACCGCCCCAGCAAGGCUGUUGACUGGCUCAUCAAGAAGGCCAAGGCCGCCAUCGACGAGCUCGAGGAGCUUCCCGCCUGGCACCCCACGGCCGCAGCUGCAGAAGGCGCGCAGAAGAAGCUCGAGCUGCAGAACCAGCCGCACGACAUGGUGAUUCCCGACGCCUCCGGUUCGUCGGGCAAGAGGGCAAUGGCGAUGCUCGGCGGUGGGAACGAGCAUAUGUCGGGGUUUCUUCCCCCGUCGUUGGACUCCGAUGUUAUAGCUGACACCAUCAGGUCCUUCUUCCCGAUGGGCGGCGGCGAAGCCGCCGGCCAGGCCAGCUCCUCCGAGAUGCAGUUUCAGAGUUUCCCGACCCACGAUUUGUUCUCAAGAAACAGCAACAACAAUAACAACAGUCAAGAUCUGAGGCUGUCUUUGCAGUCGUUUCAAAAUCCGAACUUUCUCCACCACCACCAGCACAUCCCGGCACAGCCAGCUCACGCAAACCCAGAACAUCACGCGCGGCCCAACCAGGGGCAGCAGCACGUACUCCUGACCGGCAUCCCGCUAGGGUUUGAGAGCUGGCAGCACCAGCCGGCUCCCGAGCUCGGCCGUCAGCAGCACCUUCCUUCCUGGAGCUCCGCUGACGCCACAACCGCCGGAUUCUCGUUUGGCUCGCAGCACCUGUUGGGCGGCGGCGGCAGCAACAGCAGCCACAACCACCAUUUUCUUACCACUACACAGAGGGGACCCCUUCAGUCCAGUAACUCACCUUCGGUUCGUGCUUGGAUGGACCCACCAGCGGCCAUGGCAGACAACCUCCACCACCAUCCCGGAUCUUCGUCCGUCUAUGUCCCGUCGCCGUUUCCUGGUGGCAUUGGCUUCUCGGGAUACGGUGGGUUCUCAGGGUUUCACAUUCCGACACGAAUUCAGGGUGACGAGGAGGAGCACGAUGGAUACUCAGACAAGCCAUCCUCUGCUUCCUCCGAUUCCCGCCAUUGA